AUGAAAGGGUACGGUAAGAAGCCCAUCAUUCGCGUUAGUGAGGCAAUGUAUGUCUUCAGAGCCGCCCUGGAGCUAGCCAUACUUUGCUGGACAUCCUGGAUCACAGCAGAUUGUCUAGGUUCGUUUUGCGUCGGCGCCUGGUGCUGGCGAGCGAGGCCUCCAAGUGGGUUGUCCGAGGAGCAUGUCCGGCAGAUGUCCUACAGAAAACGGACAUUCGGGGAUGGCUACAAAUCGAGAACUUCCUUCGGCGAUAGGCACGUGCGUGUGGUGACACCAGGUGUUCAGUUGGUCUCCUCCGGGCUGAGCGCCUGGAGGCAACGGAAUGUGCCGAUGCUUUGGGGAGCAGAUACGGGAGUCUCAGCAGGCUACGCUCACACUUGUGCACUGACAUUCGGUGGGCAGUUGGUCUGCUUUGGAUGGAAUGGCAACGGACUAUGUGAUGUGCCGACGAGUUUGGGAGCGGUUACGGCAGUCGCGGCAGGCAAGGCUCACACGUGUGCAGUGACUUCAGAUGAUCAGUUUGUCUGCUUUGGACGGAAUGGAAGUGGACAGUGUGAGGUGCCGACGAAUUUGGGAGCAGUCGUGGCAGUCUCAGCAGGCGGCGACUUCACGUGCGCAUUGAGAUCAGAGGGUCAGUUGGUCUGCUUUGGAUUCAACGGCUAUGGACAGUGUGAUGUGCCGACGGAUUUGGGAGCAGUUGUAGCAGUCUCAGCAGGCGACGACCACUCGUGUGCAGUAAGAUCGGAUGGCCAGUUGAUUUGCUUCGGUAGUAACGCUCACGGACAAUGUGACGUGCCGAAGGAUUUGGGAGCAGUUGCGGCCGUCUCGGCAGGCAAGGCUCACACGUGCGCAGUGAAAUCGGAUGGUCGGUUGCUCUGCUUUGGAUGGAACGGCAAUGGACAGUGUGAUGUGCCGACGGAUUUGGGAGCAGUUGUAGCAGUCUCAGCAAGCGACGACCACUCAUGUGCAGUAAGAUCGGAUGGCCAGUUGAUCUGUUUUGGAAGUAACGCUCACGGACAAUGUGACGUGCCGGAGGAUUUGGGAGCAGUUGUGGCAGUCGCAGCAGGCGGCCUUCACACGUGUGCAGUGAGAUCGGAUGGUCAGUUGGCCUGCUUUGGACACGAAAGGGCUGCAGGAUGCAACGUGCCGACGGAUUUCGGAGCCGUCUCGGCAAGCGACCCUCACACAUGUUGA